AUGGCUACCUCAAGGGAUGAAUCUUCAUCUAUCGGUUCAAGGGCUCGGUUAUUUAGUGUUGUUGGUAGCAGUUGUGAGGCGGAUAAUCUGGGAAAAGGCAAACAGCAGCCUAUUGAAUCUUUUGACUCGGAUGUGAAACCAUCCGCCCUUGCUAAAGCUUUAUCGAACGCUAAAUCGGUUAGAACGAAAAAAACGAUUAAAUAUGGUGUGAAUGAAAAAGAUCAAAGCUCGAGCCAGUCUGAAGAGAAAUCUUUUGUGAAUAUAGGGAAACACAAAGAGCCUGAAAAAAAGGCGGUCAAAUGUGGAGAGGAAGAAAUUGUUGACCAUUUCUUUUCAUUGCCGAAGCCAAAACCGAGUCUGCCUGAAUUUUUCGGCAAAGAGAAUGAAGACAUUGACGAGAGUUGUGAUGAAGAUGAUUCGUUAAACGACGUGUUUACGUGUUACCAUAUGGUCAAAGUUUGGAUCAUAGAUAUUUGA